CAAUUAUUCAUAUAAAUAUAGAUUAUAGUGUACAAUGUUUGGUGGUCCAGGUCAACAACUUACUGAAGAACAAAAAAAGAUCCAAGAUCAAUACGUUAAUGACAGUUUGAAAACUGCCGGUCUCAUUGCGGGUGCUUUAUGGGUUACUCCAUUAGUUUUCCACUUUAUCAAAAAACAAUUUUAAGUUGUUAGAUAGAUUAAUGUAUAUAUUCACCAACUCAGGAAGUCAUGAAAAAUUACGAAGGGAAGUCUUUACAAAAAGAAAUUAUAUAUUGUACAUAAUAUUUUCAAUUAAAUAAAGAGAUUUUUAAUCUAUUGAUCUUCUUCGUCU